AUGGGCAGACUCGCGGAGAUGCAGCGUAAGCUGCUCGAGCAGAUGAUGGGUCCGGAAGCAAUGGGUCUCGUACCGCAGAACAUCACUUGGGACGACGACAAAGUGUGCCGUAACUUCCUGUGUGGCACUUGCCCACACACGCUCUUCACCAACACCAAGAUGGACCUUGGGGCAUGCCCUAAAUCGCAUCCCGAGAAACUCAAGACUGAAUUCUUGGCUGCACGAGAGAAGGAACCGAACAACCCUAUUUUUGAGCGGUUCCAGCGCGAGUACGAGAGCAACAUUUUCGCUUUCGUGGAUGAGUGCGAUAGGCGUAUCCGUGCGGCACACAGAAGGCUGGAGAAGACGCCGGAGGAAAACGCGAAGACGACCAACUUGAUGAGGGAGAUUGGAGAGAUCGAGCUUGCUAUCCAGGGAGGAACGGACAAGAUCGAGCAGCUCGGUGAGUCUGGCGAGGUCGAGAAGUCUAUGCAAGAGAUGGCAGCGGUGGAAGCUUUGAAAGCUGAAAAGACCGAAAAGGAGCGAGAACUCCAACAACUGACCGAGACAUCUGGCGCCUCAGGUCAUCAAAAGCUCCGUGUCUGCGAAGUCUGCGGUGCAUACCUCUCCGUGCUCGACUCUGACCGCCGCCUGGCUGACCAUUUCGGCGGGAAGAUGCAUCUCGGCUAUCAUGAACUGCGUCAGAUGCUCAAGACUGUGGCGGAGGAACGGAGGAACCGUGCGAAUGGGGAAGCCCCACCGCCCGCCAAUGGUGGUUAUGCCGCCCCACCUCAGAAUAGCGCUGCUCCACCUCCGCCUGGCCCUGCGCCCCCAGCACCGAACGUCCCAAGAUCUGGCGAGAAGACCGACAGAGACUAUCGGAGCGAGAGAAAUGGGGACUACUCGAACAGCCGUGAUCGG